CGGGGGGCGGAGGCUGCGACCGCGGCGGCGGGUGGAGCGAGGUGGAACCUUCUCCGGGCAGUGGUGGCAGCCGCAGGCGUGGUGGCUGAGGCGGCCGGACCCAGACCGGGACCCGGACGGCUGCGGCCCUCUCGGGGCCCCGAGGGCGCGCGGCGCGGGCAGCUUGGUGUGCGCCCUAGCGGAGAGGCGGGGCCGCAGGCCGGCCGGACACGAUGAACUACCUGAACGUGCUGGCCAAAGCCCUCUAUGACAACGUGGCCGAGUCCCCGGAUGAGCUCUCCUUCCGCAAGGGUGACAUCAUGACGGUGCUGGAACGGGACACACAAGGCCUGGAUGGCUGGUGGCUCUGCUCGCUGCAUGGGCGCCAAGGCAUUGUGCCCGGGAACCGCCUUAAGAUCCUGGUGGGCAUGCACGACAAGAAGCCAGCAGGGCCCGGCCCUGGCCCACCUGCCACCUCGGCCCAGCCCCAGCCUGGCCCCCACGCCCCGGCUGCCCAGUACACGCCCAUGCUGCCUGCCACAUACCAGCCCCAGCCCGAUAGCGUGUACCUGGUGCCCACCCCCAGCAAGACUCAGCAAAGCCUCUACCAAGCCCCUGGACCCAGCCCACAGUUCCAGUCUCCCCCAGCCAAACAGACAACUAUGUUCUCAAAGCAGAUGCCCCAUCACCCUUUUCCCAGCCCAGCUCCAGACCUUUACCAGGUGCCCCCAGGGCCUGGCAGCCCUGCCCAGGAUAUUUACCAGGUGCCACCUUCUGCUGGCGUAGGACAUGACAUCUACCAGGUGCCCCCAUCCAUGGAUGCACGCAGCUGGGAGGGGACGAAGCCACCGGCAAAGGGCUCCAGCUGCACGUUUCGUCUGGGGCCAAGAUGGGAGGUGGUGGUACCCACCCGUGUGGGACAAGGCUAUGUGUUCGAGGCCUCCCAGCCAGAGCAGGACGAGUAUGACAUCCCACGCCACCUGCUAGCCCCGGGGCCCCAGGACAUCUACGACGUGCCCCCUGUUCGGGGGCUGCUUCCCAGCCAGUAUGGCCAGGAGGUAUAUGACACGCCCCCCAUGGCUGUCAAGGGUCCUAAUGGCCGGGAUCCAUCGCUGGAUGUAUAUGAUGUGCCCCCCAGUGUGGAGAAGGGCCUGCCAUUGUCCAACCACCAUGCCGUGUAUGACGUUCCUCCGUCGGUGAGCAAGGAUGUGCCUGACGGCCCACUGCUGCGUGAGGAGACCUAUGACGUGCCCCCCGCCUUUGCCAAGGCCAAGCCCUUUGACCCAACCCGCCACCCGCUGGUCCUCGCCGCACCCCCUCCGGACUCGCUGCCGGCUGAGGAUGUGUAUGACGUGCCGCCCCCCGCUCCUGACCUCUAUGACGUACCCCCUGGCUUGCGACGGCCCGGUCCCGGCACCCUCUAUGACGUGCCCCGUGAGCGGCUUCUUCCUCCAGAGGCGUCCGAUGGCGGCGCGGCUGAUGACACCGUGUACGCGGUGCCGCCCCCGGCGGAGCGGGAGGCCCCUGCUGAUGGCAAGCGCCUGUCGGCCUCCAGUACGGGCAGCACACGCAGCAGCCAGUCGGCCUCCUCCCUGGAGGCUGCGGUGCCGGGUCGUGAGCCCCUGGAGCUGGAGGCGGCUGUGGAGGCCCUGGCACGGCUGCAGCAGGGCGUGAGUGCCAGCGUGGCGCACCUCCUGGACCUGGCGGGCGGCAUCCCCGCGUGUGGAGGCUGGCGUGGUGCCUCCGAGCCUCAGGAGCCGCCGGUGCAGGACCUGCGGGCCGCCGUGGCCGCCGCCCAGGGGGCUGUCCAUGAGCUGCUGGAGUUUGCCCGCGGUGCCAUAGGCAACGCUGCCCACACUUCUGACCGCACGCUGCACGCUAAGCUUGGCCGGCAGCUGCAGAAAAUGGAGGAUGUGUACCAGACGCUGGUGGCCCACGGUCAGGCCCUUGACGGUGGCCGGGGAGGCCCGGGGGCCGCUCCCGAAGACCUGGACCGCCUGGUGGCCUGCUCACGGGCUGUGCCCGAGGACGCCAAGCAGCUGGCCUCCUUCCUGCAUGGCAAUGCCUCGCUGCUCUUCAGACGGACCAAGGCCCCUGUCCCGGGGCCUGAGGGGGGCGGCUCCCUGCACCCCAACCCCAUCGACAAGGCCAGCAGCAUCCAGUCCCGGCCCCUGCCCUCACCUCCUAAGUUCACCUCCCAGGACUCACCAGAUGGGCAGUAUGAGAACAGUGAGGGGGGCUGGAUGGAGGAUUAUGACUACGUCCAUCUACAGGGGAAGGAAGAGUUUGAAAAGACCCAGAAGGAACUGCUGGAAAAAGGCAACAUCAUGCGGCAGGGGAAGGGCCAGCUAGAGCUGCAGCAGCUGAAGCAGUUCGAGCGACUGGAGCAGGAGGUGUCGCGGCCCAUCGACCACGACCUGGCCAACUGGACGGCAGCCCAGCCCCUGGCCCCAGGGCGGCCGGGCGGCCUGGGGCCCUCGGACCGGCAGCUGCUGCUCUUUUACCUGGAACAGUGCGAGGCAAACCUGACCACCCUGACCAACGCCGUGGACGCCUUCUUCACCGCCGUGGCCACCAACCAGCCGCCCAAGAUUUUCGUGGCGCACAGCAAGUUCGUCAUCCUCAGCGCCCACAAGCUGGUGUUCAUCGGGGACACGCUGUCACGGCAGGCCAAGGCGGCCGACGUGCGCAGCCAGGUGACCCACUACAGCAACCUGCUGUGUGACCUCCUGCGUGGCAUCGUCGCCACCACCAAGGCUGCCGCCCUGCAGUACCCGUCACCCGCCGCCGCCCAGGACAUGGUGGACCGGGUCAAGGAGCUGGGGCACAGCACCCAGCAGUUCCGCCGGGUCUUGGGCCAGCUGGCCGCCGCCUGAGAGCACGGGACCAGAGAGGUGGGGGUCAGGGGAGGAGGGCGGCACCCGCCCUGAGAGAGUCGCCAUGCUGCAGGCGCGGGGACAGGCACCCCAGCUCUGCCCGGGCCUGGUGCCCCAGACUGUCCAGGGGUUUGUACAUAUUUAUGAUGGGGCAGGAUAUGGGACGGGGCCUCCUCGGAGGAGCCCAAGCAGAGCUGGACCCCCCGGGAGCCGAGCCUGAGGAGGGAGCUGGUGGUCUUCCCUGAGUACCCUGGGGGCCAGGCCAGCCGCACAGGCCCCCCCACCCACAUGGCCUCAGACGACCCCUUGAGCUCCCUUGAGCUGACCCUCGACCCACAGGAGUGCCAUGUUCCCCCGACAGUGCAAGCGCCACUGUAACCAGGAGAAGAACCCAAACACUAUUUUUCAUUAUUGAUUUUCCAAUCAUUUGACUAAUAGUCUACAUUUAAAUAAAAGUUUAAAAAUGAAAAGCGGCCUCUGGUGUGAGAGGCAGGAGGGCCCCUG